CAGGAAAAAGAUUUGCCCCAGACAUGCAUAUUGCAACAAAGGGUUAAUUAGAAACAGCAAGAUGCUGAAACAAAUCUGUCAGACAAGUGCAGCAGAUAAUGAUUAAAGGGAGGGAGAAACAGCCAGAGAAGGAGAGCAGAACAGUGAAACAGAGAGCGAGAGUUCUCCUAAAGGAACCGGGAAAAGGAAAAGCAUGUAGUAAAUGGACCUUUUCUAUCCGAAUCAGUGAGGCAGGAAAGACAGAAGCAGAUCAGAGUAGGAGGAUACAGCCAGUCAGAGAUAGAGACGGAGAAGGAAGAAAAAAACAUGGUUGGCUAAGUAAUUGUAGGAGAAAACAGGCAGCAAUGGUAGGAGGAGGUGCUUGAUGAAUAUGCCUUCUGAAUAUAGCAGUUAGAGAAAAAAAAACAUAAACAGAGCCACAGGAUGAGAGAAAUACAAGGCAGCUAACUAAUGCUGAAGCCGAAGGUUGAAGGAUUACUCAUUCUUGUGCUACUGAAAUAUAAAAACAUACAUGUGGAUAUUAAAAACAGUGGAAAUUAAUGUUUAUAAAUGUUAACUGCUAAAAGGAUCUGUUGGACCUGGAUGAGCAAAGUGCUUUGAGAAGGAUGGGUCUCAUAAACUAAAUCUGGAAUAAAGCAUUCUGCAGAAGCAACUGGAAGAAAUACUAUUCAGAAGCUCAGUCUAAAGCUGAAGAAGUGCAUUAUGAAUUCAUUUAAACAGAGAAGAUGAAGUAGAAUAUGACCAAACAGAAUCAGGAGCAAAAAUCCACAACUUCAAAGAACCUGAACUUAAAAGAUGGAAACUGUUUGACACAAAAGAGACAUCAGACAACUUUGGACUGCAGACAAUGUGAAUGGAGAAACAUUUGUUUAGAUCAUCCAGAAUACAUCUAGUUUGGAACAGUAAAACAAAAAAGGUUUUCAUCACAAAAUAGUCUGAACUGGUUCAAAACUUGGUUGACAGUUAUACCCCCAUCAUUUAUCCUCUGCUAAGCUUUAACAGAGAUGCUCCAGGAAGUGAUGAAAACGCACUAUAAAGACUUACAUGCUGCAGAAAGAUAUGUAUAAGGUGCCUUGAACUACACAUAACAACAGCUGGGUCCUGACACCUCUCAAUAGUCACCUGUGCUGUUAGAAUGUCAUGACAGGCAAGAGAUUAAUGAAUGAACAUCAAAAUCACUGACGGUCACAUUAACAACUUGACAAACUCAAAUGAUUAAGGAUGAUGUUGUUAUGGAAACCUAUUCUAAUCUUAACAACUUUUGGCUGUCUUUCAGAUUUUUCUGAAGCUGUUGUUGGUCAGACAACCUCAUACGCUGCUAUCUUGAGAAUAAAGCCAGGGGGCUCGACUUCAAGUCUAUUCAGCUCAAGGUUUAGGCCUCAGUAUUCUUCAUCGAGGCAGAAUUCUAACAGAUGGCAAGAUGUAGGGAACCCUUUCCAUUCAUCAACAGACCUCUUCUACUUCAGAGACUCCAUGCAACAUGACGAAAGUUUAGAAUAUGGACCUAUUUUUACUCAGGAACCAACCAAUAUUGUAUUUCCUAUUGAUUCUGAAGGAGAAAAGGUGGUGUUAAACUGCGAAGCACGAGGAAAUCCAACGCCUAUUUACAGAUGGCUAAGAAACGGAACAAUUCUGGAUAUGGAAAAUGACUACCGGUACAGUUUGGUUCAAGGAAGUUUAAUCAUCAGUAACCCAACUGACAUUAAGGAUACUGGAAGAUAUCAGUGUUUAACAAGUAAUGCAUUUGGCAGCAUUAUUAGCCAUGAAUCCACCAUUCAGUUUGCCUACCUGGGAAAUUUCAGUGGGCGAACAAGAAGUGCAGUUUCAGUACGAGAAGGUCAAGGAGUUGUAUUGAUCUGCUCACCUCCAGCGCAUUCACCAGAAAUCACCUACAGCUGGGUAUUUAAUCAAUUUCCCUCAUUUGUGGCAGAAGACAGUAGGCGCUUUAUCUCACAAGAGACAGGAAAUCUUUAUAUUGCCAAGGUGCAAACAUCAGAUGUUGGAAGUUAUAUCUGUCUUGUCAAAAACAUGGUGACAAACACAAGAGUGCUGAGUCCACCUACACCACUCACUCUCCGUACAGACGGUGUAAUGGGUGAAUAUGAGCCAAAGAUUGAAGUCCAUUUUCCAUUUACAGUUACCGCUCCAAAGGCAACAACUGUUAGACUGGAAUGCUUUGCACUGGGCAACCCUGUUCCAAUCAUCUCAUGGAGGAAGGUAAAUGGUAAUAUUCCAAACAGAGCAAGGUUAAGGAAAUCGCAGGCAGUCCUUGAAAUAACUAACCUCCAGUUGGAUGAUGCCGGAACCUAUGAAUGUAAAGCAGAGAAUCUGCGUGGCAGGAAUGUUUUCCGUGGACAGCUGCAAGUGUACUCACAUCCCCACUGGUUGGAAAGAAUAAAUGAUACACAGCUGGACAGUGGAGAAGAUCUGCACUGGGAAUGCAAAGCAUCUGGAAAACCCAAACCCACCUACCGCUGGCUGAAGAAUGGAAUACCUUUGUCAUCUCAGAGCAAAAUUGAGAUGUUUAAUGGUGCCUUAUCAAUCCGUCGUGUUAACCAGUCAGAUGCAGGAAUGUACCAAUGUGUAGCAGAAAGCAAAUAUGGAGUAAUUUAUGCAAGUGCUGAACUAAAAAUCCUAGCUUCUGCUCCCGCAUUUGAACAGAAUCCAAUGAAGAAAACCAUAGUUGUCACUGUUGGCAAGGAAGCUAUAAUUGAAUGCAAGCCACAGGCCUCUCCAAGACCAUUAAAGUCCUGGAAAAGAGGAGGCAAAGCAUUAAAAGUGAACAAAAGGAUAACAGUCCUUCAAGAUGGCAGUCUACGAAUCAUGAAUGCGUCCAAAUCAGAUGAAGGAAUUUAUAUCUGCAAAGUAGAAAAUGUGUUUGGUUCAGCUGAAAUGGUUGUUUCUUUAUUUGUGAAAGAACCAACUAAGAUGGAAUUGACACCUGAUCGUGCAGAGAUAACAGUGGGGGAGAGCAUUGUCUUAAACUGCAGAGCUUUCCAUGAUCCUACGCUCGAGGUUACUUUCCACUGGUCACUGAACAACCAGCCAAUUGACUUCCAUGAAGAAGGUGGCUAUUUUGAAAACAUCAGAACACAGGCAUCCUCUGCAGAUUUGAUGAUCAGGAAUAUUUUGUCAAAGCACGCUGGUAAAUAUGGCUGCAAAGUUCAGACAUCAGUGGACAGCAUUUCAGAUGAGUCAGAGAUUAUUGUAAAGGGUCCUCCUGGUGCCCCAGGCGUAGUGAUAGUUGAAGAGAUCUCUGACACCACAGCAACACUAUCUUGGAGUCCUGCAGCUGACAAUCAUAGCCCUGUUACCUCUUACAAUCUUCAAGCACGGAGUGCUUUCUCUUUAGGGUGGCAAACUGUGAAAACAGUUCCAGAUCCAGUUACUGGUGAAAUGGAAUCUGCCAUGGCUAUAGAAAUGAAUCCCUGGGUGGAAUAUGAGUUCCGAGUUGUGGCAACAAACAGUAUUGGAACCGGUGAUCCCAGUUUGCCAUCCAGAGUUGUUAGGACCAAAGAAGCAGUGCCAACUGUGGCUCCAUCCAAUGUGAGUGGAGGAAGUGGAAGACGUCAUGAAUUAGUGAUUACAUGGGAACCCACCUCAGAAGAAUUUCAGAACGGUGAGGGAUUUGGCUAUAUUGUGGCCUUUAGGGUUAAUGGGACACGUGGUUGGAAAGAAAAAAUGGUGACUUCAGCAGAUGCUUCAAAGUUCAUUUAUAAGGAUGAGACCAUACCACCUCUUACAGCAUUUGAGGUGAAAGUUGGAACUUACAAUAACAAAGGUGAUGGUCCAUUCAGUCCAACGGUGAUAAUUUUCUCUUCUGAAGGAGAGCCAAGAACUGCUCCAGCUGAUGUCACCAUUGCAAGUGUUUCUGCAUCAGAAAUUUUUGUUACUUGGAAGGCUCUAACAGGCAGCCCAGGAAAACCAAAGGGAUACGAGGUUAACUACUGGAAAGAUGAUGAGCAGGAAGAUGAUGCAGAAAGUGUGAAAACUGUGGAAAAUAAUGUCAUUCUGUCAGGUUUGGAGGGAGAUACAGUGUAUCAUAUAUCUGUAAGAGGAUACAACCAAGCAGGAUAUGGACCAGCAAGCAACACAAAGCAGAUAGUCACUAAAAAAUCACCUCCUAGUCAAGCCCCAGACAAUCUGAUGUGGAUGCAGGAUGGAUUACAUGUGUCUCUAGGGUGGGAACCUGUAAGGCCCCUAGCAAACGAGUCUGAAGUUCUUGGAUACAAGGUCUUUUUUAGACAAGAAGGUCACAGCACUGGACAGAUUGUGGAGACAAAUAAACCAUCUGCAGUCGUUUCUUUGCCUGAAAGUGGAGUUUACAUAAUUGAAGUUCGAGCACUAAGUGAAGGAGGUGAUGGGGCAGCUAGCUCCCAAAUUAGGGUAGAAGCAUAUUCAGGAGCAAAAAUUACAAACUCACAAGCGUCAACAUCCAGUAUAACCACUUCUCCAUCAUCAGUGACAUUACUUUUAGUACUAGUUGUGCCAUCUGCCUCUUGGUGAAGGUGUGGUGGUUGCUGUUUUGGUCGUUGCCUUGUAAUAACAGUUGAUGAAAUUUCUUAUGUGGAGGACUUUGAAUAUUUAAACUUAGUCCUGGUCUGUCUGUGGUCCUUAGGAAUAAUGUGAAUGCAUAUAGUGAUGGAUUCAGUGAUGGGUCUUCGGGACUCACGGAGUAUGAUACCGUUGCAUUAGAGAGCAUGAGGUGCAUUAUGGUCAAGAAGAAAAGAGAAGAAAAGACUGCUUUUAAAGUCGUCAAGCUGCUUUCUUAGCACUGAAGAUGAUGGACAUCUUCAUCACUUCUAAAAUGCAAACUGAAUCAAAAACUCUUCUUUUAUGUCCAUUAAGAUGAUAAAUGAGAUUUUCAUCUAAGAGCUGCAGAGGUUUAGUUCAAGUUUCAAUCUAAGCAUUUCUUAAUCCACUUCCCCUGUUCUAAUGUCUAGCUAAGGCGAACAACAGUAGCUUAGUUAUGGAUGUUGUACAUCUUCCAAAAUGUUUAGGAGAAAUGAUGAUGUAAUGCCUAUGGUGCUGCAGUUUAAUAAAGAGUUUAUUUUGUGUGCAUCAGUAACAGAUAGAAUUGUACACGUUUUGUACCUGAUCUUGUAUGGGUAUCAGUGCAUGGGCAUGGUUUGUGGAAGAAAAUGCAUUAUACAUUUAUGUCCCUUUUUGAGAUAUAACCAUGAGUGAGGAAAAUCUUUCAUAUGCUCAAAAAUAGCUGCAUAUGCUGCAACUGAGUGAUACAUUAAAACAUAACUGCC